AUUUGAAUAGUCAUCUUUUGUCGCGUCUCGUCGAUUUUAAAACUAUCGAAAGCGCCGAUUCGGUGUAAAUCAAAACUUCUGUUUAAAAAGAUUAAAACAUGUUCCGCAAUCAGUAUGACAGUGAUGUCACGGUAUGGAGUCCCCAGGGCCGCCUUCAUCAAGUAGAAUAUGCUAUGGAAGCAGUAAAGUUGGGUUCAGCUACUGUUGGUCUGAAAAACAAGCAGUUUGCAGUGCUUAUAGCCCUUAAGAGGGCUGUCAGUGAGUUAUCGGCUUAUCAAAAAAAGAUUAUACCCAUUGAUGAACAUAUUGGUAUUUCCAUCUCAGGACUGACAGCAGAUGCUAGAAUGUUAAGCCGCUUUAUGCGUACGGAGUGUCUAAAUUAUCGCUACGCUCAUGAUUCCCCUAUGCCAGUCGGCAGACUCAUUGCGUUAGUCGGUAAUAAAAUGCAAAUCUGCACGCAGAGAUACGACAAGAGACCCCUUGGUGUUGGUCUAUUGGUUGCAGGUUAUGACGAUCAAGGGCCACACAUUUACCAGACAUGCCCUUCAGCGAACUUCUUCGAUUGUAGAGCGAUGGCGAUAGGAGCACGUUCCCAGUCUGCCCGCACAUAUUUAGAGAAGCAUUAUAACUCGUUCCUUGAUUGUGAACUUAAUGAUUUAGUUGCUCAUGGUUUGAGAGCCCUCAGGGAUACACUGCCAAAUGAAGUUGAUCUCAAUCUUAAGAACGUCUCCAUUGCGAUCGCCGGCCCGAAGACAACUCUUCAGCUGUGCGAGGAGGCCGAGCUGACGCGCUACCUGUCGCUGGUGGAGGGCGAGGAGCGGCGCGGGGGGGGCGCGGCCACGGGCGACGCCGCGCCCGCCGACGCGCGGGACGCGGGGGACGAGCCGCAGCCGCAGGUUGCGAUGGACACAGAGUAGACACUGAUCGCUUGCAGGAAAACGCAGAUGGGCUUAACAGGAUAAUGGACGAAGAAUUUACGACACAAUUGUCACCGACUCUCUUAGCUUAUAUUCAUAUGGUUUUUAGUGUCGUUCUACCUUUUCUUUUUAACUUAUCUAAAGAUAUGCCUUGGCCAGUGUUUAAAUUAACUCCUAUUGCUAUGUGAAUAAGACUUCAUUUUCGAUCAUUUUAUAUUUAGACUCAAAAACGUCAUAAUUUAUUGUUGUUGUCGCCCGUGUCUUGGGGAGCGGGCAUGUGUCAUGUGUAUGAAAGCCUGUGUCUUUCCUUGGGGUUCAAGUUUGCUUCAUACCAAAUUUCAUCAAAUUCGGUUCAGUGAUUUCUGAAAACGUAACGGACAAACAGAGUUACUUUCGCAUUUAUAAUAUUAUACAAUACGACUACUGCUCCUAUUGUAUAUAUAUAUAAUUACAGGCACAAGGGACAUAAUAUCUUAGUUCCCAAGGUUGGUGGCGUAUUGGUUGGUGGACAUAAGAUCUUAGUUCCCAAGGUUGGGCGUUGGUGACCACUUAUAACCAGGUGGCCCAUAUGCUCGUCCGCCUUCCUAUUCUAUAGUAAAAAAAUAAUAAUAAUAAAUAGUAGAAAGAUAAUAAUUAUUGUUUUGGAUUUAAUUUUUAAUUUAAAGAAAUAUAUUAUGAUGAUAUUUUUCUUCUAAUAUAUUUGAACUAAAUUCGAAUCAGUUCUUCAAAAUUUUUUUUAAACAUUUUUCAAUAUAUUUCUUAACCCUAUAUUUCUUUUAAUUUUAGAUACAUAAAGGGCUCGCACGAUAAUGGUUCCAUAACACCUAUCGAUUAGAACUUUUUAUUAUUAUUAAUAUUGGCCAUGAUCUCUGCUAUAACUAAACAUAUUCUGUAAACAUUUCAAUUAGCUAACUAUAACGUUUUCAAAUUCAUCCUGUGAAACUCAGGCUAAGUAAUAGGGUUAUAAUCACCUGGUAAGGAACCCUAAAAGCAUUUGCUAUUUUUAUCAUUACCGUUGUAGUUCUAGAAAAUGUGUAUAAGUUUUUUUUAAAGCGAUAUAGUAAUUUAGGCACUGGCCAAGGCGAAUAGAGAAAAAAAUUGUCUAUGAUAUUGUUCAUAUUUGUGUAUUUCCUUUUUUUAACAAAUUAAACAAGUGUCUUUUUAA